AUGCGCUUCUUCCUCGUCCCCAUCUCAACCAGACGAGCCUUUAUAUACUGCCGCGCACCAAAAACACUCAAAACCGGAUACCUCGACCGCGUCACAAACAAGGCUGCCGAUACAUGGGCCAGCUGGGAGCGCGCCGAGAAGGGCUGGAAGAAGCGCCUUGUCGCGUACGGACAAGUCAUCUUGCAACGAAUCCCGUAUGAGGAAUGGGGAUUGAAAAGCAUCCCGCCGCUGAACGUGAGUCGCGAGAUUCAAGAGGCGCAAAAGCAGGAGAAGAUUGAUGUGAUGUUUCCGGGAAACGCGAUCAAGGCAGAGAAUGUGCUCGGUGUCUUGAGGAAGUUGGGCACUGAGCGGCAGGAAUUUCAUCGGAAUAAGAUGUGGUGGUGUUUGGGCCUUUCGCCUCUUACUGCACCUGUUGCGAUUAUUCCAUUAGUGCCUAAUAUUCCCUUUUUCUAUCUGAUAUACCGAGCCUGGUCGCAUUGGCGAGCUUGGAGCGGCUCCAAACAUCUGAUCCAUCUCCUCGACCUCAACCUGAUUAAUCUCCACGCAUUCCCCGAACUCGAAGCCUUCUACUCUAGCCGAUUGCUGAAAGCCAAAGUCCCUACUGAUAGUGCUAGUUCUAAUAAGGAGGAAAUAAAUAAUGAGAGAUCAUCCUCGCCAGCAAAAGAAGAAGCAGAACGAUUACUCCUGGCGACGGAAGAUGGCCAAGAGCUCGGCAAGAUCCUACAAACUCCCGGAAUAGUGAUUGAAGUGGAACGAGCCGUGCUGCAGAUUAGGCAGAAAUUGAAGGCCGAAGAAGAACUGGCGAAAGAAAAGAAAGAUACCUAA